UGUUCUUUGCUUCUACAUUGACUUUGCGUGCUGCCGUAAAUACCUUCUAUCCUAAACGUUGCCGUUGAAUCAAUUGCCGGUGACCUCAUACGAGCCGAUUAGCGUCGAUCCAUUCCCGCUUUAUCGUCAAUUCCUUUUCCAAGCGUCCUGGGACUUCAUGAUUCUAUCACUAACCGCCGGCGCCCCUCUUGCGCUUAUCACGUAGACAAACUCCGACGUCAAAGUGCAGUAUUGGCGCGACAGCCGACUGGCGAUCGACGAGACUCCAUAUCACAUCACGACACCGCAUCGAUGCCAGCGACUCAUCCCACGAACGGCGAACGGGCGCCUUUGAUCCCGAACAGCACCAUCAGCGGCGCCACUCCCCAUGGCGAUUCCCGUAUCUGGGGUCAUGCAGACCAUAGCAUCUUCUCCCGCUUCCCGAAGGCGACGGCGCACUUGACGUGGCUGACCCUCUCGAGCAACUACGUCAACGUGCUGCUCAUCUUUGUCCCGCUCGGGAUCCUGUCGGGCGCUUUGAACUGGGGACCCAUACCGACCUUUGUGCUGAACUUCCUGGCCAUUGUGCCGUUGGCGGCGCUGCUGAGCUUUGCAACCGAGGAAUUGAGCGUGAAACUUGGGCAGACAUUGGGGGGGUUGAUGAAUGCGACGUUUGGGAAUGCGGUUGAGUUGAUUGUUAGCAUUGUCGCGCUCGCGAGAGGCGAGAUUCGAAUCGUCCAAGCCUCCAUGCUUGGUUCUAUCCUCUCGAAUAUCCUUUUGGUUCUCGGAUGCUGUUUUCUCGCGGCAGGGAUCCGCGGAGGCGAGCAGAGAUUCAACGAGACCGUCGCAAGCACCAUGAGCUCGCUUAUGUUCGUGUCCGUCUGCGCAUUGAUCAUCCCGGCGGCCCUGUACUCCGUCGUCGACGGCGGUACAUCCAACGACAACAACAUCCUCGUCCUCUCCCACUACACCUCUAUCGUUCUCCUAUUCAUCUACAUCCUCUACCUCUUCUUCCAGCUCCGAUCGCAUGCGUACCUCUUCGACGAGGAGCGGACGGAUGAGGAGAACAGCGAGGAAACCGAGGUGAUCCUCAAGCCGAUUCCGGCAUCCAUUGCCCUCCUUGUCGUCACGCUCAUCAUCGCGCUUUGCGCAGACUAUCUUGUUGCUACUGUCGAUGACAUCGUCGCCACCGGCGCCAUCUCCAAAACGUUCAUCGGUCUAAUUCUCAUCCCCAUCGUCGGCAAUGCCGCUGAGCACGUCACCGCAUGCAUCGUGGCCUACAAAGGCAAGAUGGAUCUCGCCAUCAACGUCGCCAUCGGUAGUAGCAUGCAGAUCGCGCUCUUCGUCACACCCUUCAUGGUCCUGCUCGGCUGGGCCAUCGGCCAGAACAUGACUCUCCACUUCCAAGGCUUCGAAACCAUCUGCUUCUUCCUCAGCGUGCUGGUGGUCAACUACCUGAUCCAGGACGGCAAAAGCAACUACCUCGAGGGCGUCCUGUGUCUGGCGAUGUAUAUCAUCAUCGCGAUCGCCUUUUAUGUGUACCCCGACAAUGUCAAAGAUAUCGGAGAAUCCAUCGGACCAUUCUUCCAUUGAUUUCGUAUCACGGCCAUUUCGAAGUCGUGGCCGCUAUCGCCGGCCGGCAUUUCAGUCCUGGAUGGCUCCACGCAAGUCCCGACGACCCGAGUCCGGGUUUCCACUCACUUUAUCCUAUGUCUAAAUUUCCAGAUACUUUUUUUAAACUCUCCAGGUCGCCGCUGAACUGCCC